ACCGUUCUACGUCUUCCUUUUUCUACCGCUCUCCGAGUCACGUGCAUUCCGCGCUCUCUCCUUUUCUCUCUCUCUCUCACACACACUCACUCUCUCUCUCUCUCUCUCUCUCUCUCUCUCUCUCUCUCUCUCUCUCAUUUUCUCUGUCCGUCUGUCCAACAACAACGAUGGAGCCUGCGAGUGGACAAAAGGUCGGUGAGAUUUUCACCGCGGCUGGAGCUGCCUUCAACAAGCUCGGCGAGUUGACGAUGCAACUACAUCCAACGACGGACUCACCGGCAGGUAAAUGGACUGACGAGGAAAUUGAGAUGCUCCGUCACUCGGUAAAGACCUUCAGCGAAGACUUGAACAAAAUAAGCGAACACAUCAAGGGACGAACGGUCUCACAGAUUCGAACAACGUUGAAGAAGAAGGCUUUCGAGGAAGCGGGUGUGCCGAUAAGACAACAAAGUCAACAGUCUACGGUGGUGCAACAGCAGGGAUCUAAACAGCAGCAAAGCGCUGGUAAUCAAGGUCUGAUCGGAAAGUCCGCGGAAGUUACAUUGAACAUGUUAAAUGCACCCGAAUCGGAGGUGGACGUCGAAGGACUACCCGAGGAUUGUCAAGUAAAGCUCGAAUUCGAAGGUGCCACGGAAGAGGUAGCUUCCUAAUUUCAACGACGUAUUUUUCUUGUUUGGUUUUAACCUAUAAUACUUAAGAUAUUAAUCGUCUACACUCGAUUAAUAUCAAGCGAGGAGCCCGAAGCAAAUACGAAAAAUAAGAUCUUUUAUAAAUAAAUUUUAUCGAAAAAACA